CUCUGCUGCCUACCCUUCUCACAUUCCUCUAUCUCCCUCCCAAUUUCUCUCUCUUUGUUUUCCCUUCUUUCUUAGUCGCUUCUUCCGCCGUGUGACCCCUUUGGCCUCUACCCAUCACCCGCCAUUACCAUUGGGGUCGCCCAAUUUUCUUGUAUUUUGUCCUAAAUUAAAAACCAAAAAAAUUUUGUUUAUAUAGUUUUGUGUUUGUUUGUAUUUAUUUAUAUUAUAUAGCGAGAUCAUCGUUAAUGGCGUCCAGCGAGAUCUCUCAGACGGAUACGGAGGGUAUCGACGGCGUCCGCAUGACGUGGAAUGCGUGGCCGCGUACCAAGGUGGAGUCCAGCAAGUGCGUGAUCCCAAUCGCGGCCUCGAUCCACCUGAUCCGUCCCCAGCCGGAGCUCGUCACGGUUCCGUACGCGCCGCUGCGCUGCAAGACCUGCACCGCCGUGCUCAACCCCUUCGCGCGGGUCGAUUACCAGGCGCUGAUAUGGAUCUGCCCCUUUUGCUUCCAGCGCAACAGUUUCCCCCACCAGUACUCCGCCGUCUCCGAGACCAACGUCCCGGCCGAGCUCUACCCCCAAUUCACCACCAUACAAUACACUCUCCCUCAUAACCCUAACAUCGGCCCCAAUUCCGCUGCCGGCCCGCCUCCGGUUUACUUGUUCGUCCUCGAUACGUGCAUGCUCGAGGAGGAGCUGGGUUUCGCGAAAUCCGCAUUGAAACGGGCUAUCGGAAUGCUCCCGGAGAAUGCCAUGGUUGGGUUUAUCUCCUUCGGAACUCAGGUGCAGGUGCACGAGCUUGGGUUUUCCGAUAUGUCGAAGGUGUAUGUAUUCCGGGGAUCAAAGGAGUUGUCUAAAGAUCAGGUUUUGGAGCAAUUGGGGCUUGGUGGCGUUGGUGGAAGGAUGCCGAAGGGUGCUGGUGGGCCCACAGCGGUGCUUCCUGAUCUCGGUAUCAACAGAUUCUUGUUGCCUGCUACAGAAUGUGAAUACACUCUGGAUUCGUUAUUAGAUGAAUUGGUUACGGAUCAAUGGCCCGUGCCUCCAGGAAACAGGGCAUUACGCUGCACGGGGGCGGCUUUGAGUGUAGCCUCGGGUUUGCUAAGUGCUUGUUUGGCUGGUGCUGGUGCACGAAUUGUAGCCUUGGUGGGAGGUCCAUGCACAGAAGGGCCUGGAGCUAUUGUUUCAAAAGAUUUAUCAGAUCCUGUUCGGUCCCAUAAGGAUCUGGAUAAGGAUGCAGCACCCUUUUUCAAAAAGGCAGUCCACUUUUAUGAGGAACUUGCAAAGCAACUAGUCAGUCAAGGUCACGUGUUGGAUGUUUUUGCAUCUGCGCUUGAUCAGGUUGGGGUUGCUGAGAUGAAAGUAGCAAUUGAAAAAACUGGAGGACUUGUAGUUCUAGCAGAAAGCUUUGGUCAUUCUGUUUUCAAGGAUUCUUUCAAGCGCAUUUUUGAUGAUGGUGAACAGUCGCUUGGGCUUUCCUUCAAUGGUACACUUGAGAUCAAAUGCUCAAAGGAUAUUAAGAUUCAAGGAGUUAUAGGGCCUUGCACAUCUCUAGAGAAGAAAGGACCUGCUAUUGCCAACACAGUUAUUGGAGAGGGGAAUACUACAGCUUGGAAGAUGUGCAGUAUUGACAAAACUACAUGCAUGACUGUUUUCUUUGAUGUUUCAUCCAGUGAAAAGUCAGACCCUACAGGCACUGCAAAUUCGUAUUUGUACAUACAGUUCCUUACAAGUUACCAGGGCUCUGAUGGCCAAACAAAAUUGCGAGUUACAACAAUUAGUAGAAGAUGGGUUGAUACUGCUGUCAACUCUGAGGAGUUGAUUCAAAGUUUUGAUCAAGAAACUGCUGCUGUAGUAAUGGCUAGGUUGGCUUCAUACAAAAUGGAGAUGGAGGAAGGUUUUGAUGCCACUAGGUGGCUAGAUCGGAAUCUAAUUCGUCUUUGUUCUAAAUUUGGCGAAUAUCGGAAGGACGACCCUGCCUCAUUCACAUUAAAUCCAUUUUUUUCAUUGUUCCCUCAGUUCAUGUUUAAUUUGCGGCGAUCUCAAUUUUUGCAAGUUUUCAAUAAUAGUCCAGAUGAGACAGCUUACUUCCGCAUGUUGCUGAAUCGAGAGAACAUAAGCAAUGCUGCUGUUAUGAUUCAGCCAACACUAACGUCCUUUUCAUUCAAUUCUCCACCUUCACCAGCUUUGUUGGAUGUGGCCUCAAUUGCAGCUGACCGUAUCCUCUUGUUAGAUUCUUAUUUUAGUGUAGUUAUAUUCCAUGGAAUGACAAUAGCUCAAUGGAGGAACAUGGGCUACCAAAAGCAGCCAGAACAUGAGGCAUUUGCACAAUUACUGCAAGCUCCACAUGAUGAGGCCCAAUCCAUCAUUCAUGACCGGUUUCCUGUUCCCAGAUUAGUGGUGUGUGAUCAGCAUGGGUCCCAGGCACGGUUUCUGUUGGCAAAAUUGAACCCAUCAGCCACAUACAAUAAUGCAAAUGAGAUGGGAUCUGGAUCAGAUGUCAUCUUCACUGAUGAUGUAAGUCUGCAGAUAUUCUUUGAGCAUCUACAGCGGUUGGCAGUACAAUCUUCUUGAUCCGGGAAGUAAAAAAGACGGGGUUUUAUAGUUGCAUCAUUUUGUGAAACCCUAGUAAGUUAUCAUUGUCUCCCCUCUAGCCUCAACAGAAUCUUCUUUCCCCACCAUAUAAUGAGAGGCUAGAAACAGACUUAUCUGGAUGCUGAGGACAAUAUAAAAACUUUUUUUUUUUUUUUUCUUUUUCCUGGGAGGUUAUUUUGCUUUGAAACAAGGGGGCUGUCUCUGAAUUCCUUUAUGUUGUAUGGAAAAAGCAAUUUUGCUCCCACAAUUUGGGUUGAAUUUAGAGGGUAGCUCCUUUGAUUUCCUCUGUUUUGUAAGUUGCCAGAUUUCAGUUAAAAACCAUGUGCCCAUUUUGUAUUGAUAUAUUUCGAGGAUAUGCAAGUUAAAUAGCCAGAAUGAUUGUUGUAGGUCAAGGCUAGUCCUGAAACAUUUCUUCUCUUUACAGUUACCAUAUUAUUUGAGAGAAAUUUUUUUACUUUUUGA